AUGUACGAGGAAGACCGAAUGACGGUCAAAUCCGGCCUCGAAGACUCGGACUCCUCCGGCAAGGGCCGUGUCUUAUAUUGCCGAAAAUGUGAAGGCCAUGGUCAGCAAGUGAUCCUGAAAGGCCACGCCCCCAUUUGCCCCUAUAUUCUGUGCCAAUGCGCAUCGUGCGAAAAGUUGAUGAACAAGCGGCUGAAGUCGUUCAACAAGCGCAACCGCGAAAAGAUCCAGCUCGCCACCCAAAUGGCCCACAAACGCGGGGAGCACGACCGUGGCCGCGGCUCCUCAUCUACCCCGUCAAGCGGAACCUGUUCACCCGACACGGUCAUGUCCAUGUGCAACGGCCAUCAACCGAGCUCUUCCAAGGCGCCGAGCGGCCUCGAGUCACGUUCAAUGUCGAUGGGCGCGAUGACGGUCAUGUCGUACGACAUCUGGAAGGCCAAGUGCGCCGCUGAGAGGAAGGAGCGUGAGGAGCGAGACCGAGAGGACAAGGAGCGCAAGGCGUCGCUCCCCGUUUGCCGACAAGCCAGCCCUGAAGUUCAGCAGCGGAAGAGGGCGCACACGUUCGUGUCGUCGACGGAUGCCCAGCUGCCCCGGAUCAAGCUCAAUGGGGAGAAGGAGCAGAAGAAAGGACGCUACGUGACGCUACCCACGAUUCCGCCUAUGAGUGUGCUGAUUGCAGAUGAAGAUGCGCCGGAAUUGACCCCGACUGAGAUUGUCGAAGUCGAGAAGAAAGAAGAAGCUCCCGUCUUGAAGCCCAUCCCAGCUCCAGUGGCCCGAAAACUCGGCGCAAACGUGCUCCCUCCGGCCUCCCUGUUCCAGUCCCUCAACCUCCCCACAUCUACCGUAACCCCAAUGACGGUCCCGACCGUCUCACUCCCAUUCUCGCUCCCCACCUCUCUCCCACCCACCACCCUCCCCGCCGAUCAAAUCCUCGCCUCAAUGAUCCCCCAAUCCAUGAUCCCUUCAUCAGUCCUUCUCCAAUCCUCCCUCCUCCUCAACCAGGCCACCCAAGCUGCUGCUCAACUCCCCCAGCAGCAGAACCUGAUGCAGGCCAUCCUCAGCGGAGAUAUGUCGGCCCUCAUCUCCUCCCUCUCCCAACCCCAGCCGAACAUCUUGGAGUUGUUGCAGCGGUCUGCCCAGCUGCAACAGCUGACCGCCAGCCUCUCGGCCCUGUCCCCACCCACGGCUUCUCCCCCGCUCGACACCAACCAGGCCAUUGCCAGCCUGUCCAACCCGCUGUUCACCCAGCUGAUGACCCGCCAGCCCUUGUUCACGUCGACGAUC